CCUGGGGGGCGGGGAGGCGGGCCCGGAGCGGCGCCUGGGCAGGAGGAAGCGGCCUCGGCGGCGGCGCUGCCGGCGUGGCGGCGGGAUGGAUCUGUUCGGGGACCUCCCGGAGCCCGGCUCCUCGGCGGCGGGGAAGGAAGCCCAGAAAGGGCCUCUGCUUUUUGACGAUCUCCCACCAGCCAGCAGUGCUGACUCAGGAAAAGGAGGUUCUUUACUUUUUGAUGAUCUUCCGCCAGCCAGCAGCGGUGACACAGCCUCCAGUGCUACUGAGCAGGUCUCAUCAGCAGGGAGCCAUGGGAAAGGGGAGAAGAGAAAGUCCUUGGAGGAGGAAGAGAAGAAUGGCAGGGAAGAACUUGUGGAAAAGAAAGUUUGUAAAGGGUCAGCGGGCAUUCUUGGAUUGAAGGGUUAUGUGGCAGAGAGGAAAGGUGAAAGAGAAGACAUGCAGGAUGCACAUGUCAUCUUAAACGAUAUCACUGAGGAAUGCCAGCCUCUGCCCUUCCAAAUCACACGUGUCUCGUACUUCGCUGUUUUUGAUGGCCAUGGGGGAGUCCGAGCCUCAAAAUUUGCAGCACAGAAUCUGCACCAAAACCUGAUUAAGAAAUUUCCUAAAGGUGAGGUAGUCAGCGUGGAGAAAACUGUGAAGAGAUGCCUUUUGGAUACCUUCAAACACACAGAUGAAGAGUUUCUAAAGCAGGCAUCCAGCCAGAAGCCAGCAUGGAAAGAUGGCUCCACAGCUACUUGUGUCCUAGCUGUCGACAAUAUUCUCUACAUAGCCAACCUUGGGGACAGCCGGGCGAUUCUGUGUCGUUACAAUGAAGAGAGUCAGAAACACGCGGCCUUAAGCCUCAGUAAGGAGCACAACCCCACCCAAUAUGAGGAGCGUAUGCGGAUACAGAAAGCUGGGGGAAAUGUCAGGGACGGAAGAGUCCUAGGAGUGCUGGAGGUUUCCCGCUCCAUUGGGGAUGGCCAGUACAAACGGUGUGGUGUUAUCUCUGUGCCAGAUAUCAAACGCUGCCAACUCACACACAACGACAGGUUCAUUCUGAUAGCAUGUGAUGGCCUCUUUAAAGUCUUUACACCAGAAGAAGCUGUGAACUUCAUUGUGUCCUGCCUGGAGGAUAAGAACAUCCAGACGAGAGAAGGGAAGCUAGAAGCAGAUGCUAGAUAUGAAGCUGCCUGUAACAGACUGGCCAACAAGGCAGUACAGCGAGGGUCAGCGGACAAUGUUACGGUCAUGGUGGUCCGGAUAGAGCACUGAGAGAUGAAGUGCGGCAGCAGGAUCCCCAGCUUGCAGCGGAUGUAAGGGAAGGAAGAAGUCAGUGUGCGUGCAUGUGUGGCCGGGGGAGGGAGGGUCCUGCUGGAUGCUCUUCAGUGUAAAUAAAGGUGGUUUGUUUUUUUUUUUCUAAUAGUUUUAGCUCACUUGGCUAGCAGUGUUUUCUAAGUGGCUGCCACAGUGGAUCAGCCUAUGCGGAAAUCUCUUGUCCUGUCAACCCCCCGUGAAUGUCUUGGCAAACCAAAUAAAUCCAUUUUGCAGAGGUGCUAGCAAGAGCAGGCAUCUGUGGGCAUGAACUCUGCCAGCUGUUCCAAA